CCAUGGUGUCGGGGUCAUGGUUUCCCCGCAUGCCGAGUCAUGUGUCAGCCUGGCUAUGGGCCCGUAUUACGUAAUCGGUUGCGCCCGUAAACAACAACAGAUGGCUGCAUGUUGCCCGUCAUCAACAAGGCAUCCAUCGAUCCAACAUCGAUUCAUAUCUUAUAGAAACCAUGCCUGCUACGUUACAAUCCCUACCAAGUAUACAUAUACGAGAGCCUGCGACAGUCAACUUAGGCCCAGCACCUGAGUGUUACGAAUUCCUCAAAGCGCCAGCUCCACGGCGAAAAUAUCGAAUCAACUUCCGCCAUCCCGCCUAUGGGCCUGAUGAUAGCCCACUCUUUACGUUGUAUGCCUGGGAUCAUGCUGAUGGUGGGAUUCAUCAUGGCUUCGCACACAGCGCUUGUUCAAUAUUCGCCGACAACCGCACCGAUGGUUAUUUGAGCACGACGUGCGAUGGCGAGCAUGGCGAGCGAGUCCAGGCUGGCUGGGAUGAAGUCUUGCCUGCCGCUGUUGUAGACUAUUACUUCUAUGUCCCUUAUCCUCCUGAUUCUCCGUCACCUCUCACUGGGCAAUCUCGACCGCCAUAUCGAUAUCAUGUUGUUACGAACUUCCAGGACUGGAGUUUUGGGCGACUGCCUGAGAUCUGGACACGUUGCACGAGUAUACAAGGUGCUGUGUCGAGUACUGCACCUCAGUCCAAUUUGACAGCGGCUAUACAUCAACGAGAUGUUACAUGCCGCGUCACCGCAUUUGAGAGCGGCACAGAAGUUGCGCACUUGAUUCCCGAACACGAGAGAAAAUGGUUCUUCUCAAAUUCUAUGGCCGUGUGGAAUACCGACCUCACGCUAGAUUCUGACAAUCUUUUGCGAGAUCUCAGCAAUGCAGUGCUACUGCGGUCCGAUAUACAUACAGCAUUCGAUCAGCGCAAAUUCGUCUUCUUCCCGAAGAGCUCUGAAGGAUUUGUCUUACAUAUGCUGGAACCAACGCCGGACAUCGGACAGUUAUACCACAAUACCCGUGUUGACAUCCCUCAAUGUAGUUUGGAGUUCCUAUUUGCGAGGUUUGCGUGGUCUAUAUUUCCUUCCCUAGCAGGGUUUCUGAGUCGACCGUCGACGAGCCGCUUAGUCGUUAGAUCGAAUGCAGAUGGCGAGCGAGUUGUAGAGGAGGUAACAAAUCCGCUGUUGCUUGGACGGAAGGCAACGGCUUCCCGCAGCAACAGCCCAACAAAGCGAUCUCGGGUAGCUGCAGAUUUGAAUGACCAUACCGAAAGUGAGGAACCGUCGUUCGACUCCACCCUACCAGCUUUGGGUGACGACAGUGACUCUGAAAAGCGACCUGAAAAGCGACGCUGCAAAACAUUGAACAGUUCAUUGUCUGCGACACACUUCAAGGUUUUGAACGCUAUGGAGCUGUACCCACCAAAUAAUUCCCCGAAGUGUACUGGUCACCUCAUGGAUCUAGAAUUUAGCGGCAUGAAGCAUCCUGAUACUCUUCAUCAAGAAGUCUAUAUUAACGAGUUACGGCAAGCCGCACUCGCAGGACAGAGACCGGUGGGGUAUGAUCCGCGACGACCGCCAUAUGACAGGCAUAGACCAGCGAAAGAAGAGCUCGAAUUGAUGGGCGUGGACAUCAUAUGGAAUCUUGAUGAAAUUCACGACAGCCAGUGGGAUUAAACAAUGUGGUGUUCGAAGACGUUUACGUCGCUCACGAUCUCGUCAUUUUGGUAACCGCGUCAUCCUUUUGAUGGCGCAAGAUCUUUACCCAAAUCCAAUCCUAUCCACGACCAACGCGGACACUCGAAGGAAUGGGCUUCCUUCGAGUUGUAUUCGACAAACUCCGAACAAAUUACAGGACACCCAUUGGGAUAAUAAACUUGCUCUUCAGAUGUCAUCUGUAACGAGCAAAGCUACGCGGAACGAGCUGGGUUAGUUCCAGCUGUUAUCGAGACGGCCGCAAUCGAUAACGAUGGGCAACGUUGAGCAUACCACUAUACAGAGGAGACCGAGACUUAACAUGAGACAUUUGCGAUAGCAAUGAGGCUGCGCCCAUUUGUCAUACUCUGGCGCGAAUGCUCUCAAGGAGACACUACAGGAAAUUGUUUUGGAAUUAGAGACAUGCAUUGUGCUGGCUCCGAACAGUUUAUCUAUGCGUGCAAUACAUGAUUCUUCUUCCGCUUUCAGUUUACUUUCGUGCAAUACUAUACCUGUAGGGAGUUGAUCUCUCUCUGUGGGAAAUACCCCCUCUGUAUUUCCUGCCACGACAUCCCCCGUUCCUCCUUUAAUUCGAGCAGUUGCCUGUCGUCGUCUUCGGUAUAUCUUGUCCCUGUGGCUUUGACUGAUUCAGGUUUUCGCUCCAAGUUGCGUGAUUUGACUCUGGCUUUUGCAGAAUGCAUGCUUUGCUGAAGGGCGAGGUACCGAAGAUACUUUUGGGGGAUAUAUACUGGAAUGAGCAUUUCUGGAUUGAUAAUCUCGUCACUACAGACGCUUUGAACUGGCCGUUCUUCUGAAUCGCAUGCCGAGGAAGGUGAUGAGACGUAGCCGUUUUGCGGGUUUCAUUGAGUUCGUAGUCAGCGUCAUCCUCGUCAUCAUCCUCGCUGCUACUGUCAUUUUCUGUGGCGAUAGGCGUUGUCGCUUUGACUGACUCUGAUGAGCAGUCUUGUCAACUAUAGAAGCUCUCUUCCGUUUGGAAUAUCGGAAACCCUCCGUAUUUCUUGUGCUGUCUCGCGUAACUGUAAGACUCGCUUUCCUCAUAACAGUGUCGCCUCGUAUAAAGUUACGGGGUUGCAUGCCCCCAUGAGCCUCGUCGCGCUCGACGAUUAUAGUACAGCACUCAGGUACGCUUUCAUUUUCCUGUUGAUCUUCUUAAUCUCUGAAGCCAUAUGAUAUCUCUGGGUCCCCAGCGACAGUAGAAUCCCCGCCAUCCCGACUGGGCGGGCUCCUGGCAGACGUCACUUCGAAGCCAGGUGGAGAGAAUAUGGGAGAGCCAACAGAAUUAAGUGUUGGUACCUCCUUACUAGCUGGCUCUUGAUCCGUCCCAUUAUCGUAAUCUCUAGAUUCUGGAGCAACUGGACUCCUCUCGUCAAUGCCAUGCUCAGCUGCACCAACGUGCGUUGUUUCCGAUAUGAAAUUGCCGGAGUUGUUGACUUCGUUCUCGAGAUCAAUCGUCGAAUCUUGUGAGGCUUGUAUAUACAUACAAGCCUC